AUGCUUCUAAUAGCAAUCGGAUCUUUGGGAUUCUUGAUUGUUCCCUACUUUAAACUGAUCUUUUACGAUGGUCUGCCCAUACUUUUUGAUCUAAUUAUUGAUGCUGUAGAGAAUGCACCUGUGGCAUAUUUCAUGGGCUUGAUAUUUUUACUUCUUGGAGUCAUAUUCAUCGGUGUUGUUUGGGAAAUUAUUGAUAUGAGGUCGAGGAAAUGUGGGAAUCCACAUUGCAAGGGGUUACGAAGGGCAGUUGAAUACGAUAUUCAGUUGGAAUCAGAGGAAUGUGUCAAGUACUUGCCUGUUACUGAUGCUUGUGACACUGAUAAUGGGGUGAAGCAGCUGGAAUUGGGACAGGAUCGGAAGGAACUGGAGGCGGAAUUAAAGAGGAUGGCGCCACUCAAUGGAAGGACCGUGUUGAUAUUUCGAGCACCAUGUGGAUGCCCUGCUGGCAGAUUGGAAGGUGGAUCUCGAAAGAUAUUAAAGAUCUCCCUCCAAGCCAUACAUAUCUCUGGAUUGAUCAGAAGAUCCUUUCAGUUGGCUAGAAUCCGUUACUUGAACGAAACUAGAUCUUGUGGAAUCAUAUUGAAUAUUUGA